AUGUCUUCUCUCCGCGCCGAGCUGCAAAGCCGCUGCUGGCAGCGCGACACAUACCUCAUCACGACGGACGCCUCGCGGAUCCCGCUCGACCGGCUCAGCGCCGUCUUCGACUCGGCCGCGUUCUACUGGGCGCGCGCGAUGCCGGCGGAGCACAUGCGCGCGGCGCUCGACAACUCGCUCUGCUUCGGGCUCUUCCGGCAGGACGACUUUUGCGGCCUCGCACGCUGCGUCACCGACUACACGACCUUUGUCUACCUCACCGACGUCUGGGUCGACCCGGCCGUGCAGGGCCGCGGCCUGGGCAGCUGGCUGCUGCGCUGCGUGCGCGAGGUCGUCGAGGCCAUGCCGCACCUGCGCCGCAGCAUGCUCUUCACGUCCAGCUGGGAGAAGUCGGUGCCGUUUUACCGCCGCGUCUUGGGCAUGGAGGUGCUCGAGUCCAGGCCCGGCGAGGGCCUCGUGGCCAUGGAGCGCAAGGGCCGCGGGCAUCCGCGGUAUGGCUGCGAGGGGAGCGACUACAGUUAG